CCCAUCGCUCUCGUUUUGGCGUUUUGCUGAUCGUUGCGUAGCGUCUUGGUACAGGAAAUCAUGGCCGCGGUGUUCUGUUUAGAUAGGUUAAGUUUAGACUUUUUAGAGUGUGAAAAGGGGCGGAGGCUUGUUUAUGAUUUGAGUGGAGGGAGAGUGCCUUUGAUGCUUGUUGUUAGUCCAGCUGGUUUCUGUAAUCUGCUCGGGCUACAGGAAUAAGCUAACAGUCGGAAUCUACUCAGUUCAACGAAAACAUAACAGAGUAGAGACCCUCCAAAAAUUACACCCAUAGAAGAUGAUAGCUAAUAACGAGAGUAAAUAUUAGCACUGGAGUCCCUGUUUUUGCGCGAAUUUCAGCUGCGGCGUCGUCUGUAUUGUGACGCUGUAGGCGGCGCGCCUUCGUGGUCGCUCCUCCACUACCAGCGUUUCCGGGCAUCGCGUAGAUUUUUGAAUAUUAUCCAACUAGAUGAUGGCCUACAGUUCUUGUUUUAGAUUAGGGCUUUUUUAUUGUAUUGUUCUAAAUCUUAUCCAUUCACUUAUUGCGAGACUAUGUAGAAGAGAGAAGCUUUUUCAGUCAUGCGCUUACUUUUUCGUCAUAAUUAGCGUAAGCAUGUGCCGAAACUCAUGAGACGCAGACGAUGGGGCGUCCACUGUUUGCGAGCUGUUGGUGAUCGAAAGUGAUCCCGUGGCGAGCUAGCA